UUUUAAGGUUUUGUAUAUUAAACUGACGACGGCAAGAAAAUAUAGUCAUGUUAAUGAUAUAAAAUCAACUGUCUCGAUACAAUAUUUCAACUUAAAAGCUUACUUACUUCGUUACUACUUUUUCGCUAGUAAGCCUGAUUUUCCAGCUUGUUCUAAAUAGAAAACUUAUUAUCUUUUCAAUAUAUAAUUUUUUUUAAUUCACAUUGUGGGACUAUACAUAGGAUUUAAUUCGCGUAUUCACGAAAUUUAUCACAGUCUGGCAACACCGCACAUUGUGCACCAUGAAAAUGCGCAACUCGGUUUCUAUUUCUAUCUUUCGCAUUUUCAACGUCUUUGUGAUCGGUUGUUGUUGGGUCGCGGAUGCCUAAACGUCAUAAGCUGAACGCUGAAUGGAGCGGGAUUGAUUAAAUGCCAGAUAAAGCGUUACUUCUGAUGAGUGUCAGCACAAACAAAACUCCUUUGCCCAAAGUUGUAUAACGAAAACAGAAAUUUGGUGCGUGAAAAUGCGCCAAAUGCAAAGUGCCGCAAAUUAAAAACAACGUGAGCGCCGAGCGCAUUAAGUUAUGUGAGCAAAAGCAACUAAAAAGUAAACACUUUUACAAAAGUACGCAACGCGGAAAUUAAAAGAAAACUUUAAACAUUACCACAACAACUCAGUAGUCCUCCCUAACUCAUACAGACAUGCGUGACGUAAUUUGUGUAUUUAUUCUAAAACGAAAUUCGAGGAACAGCAAGAGCGCUCAAUUGUUUGUCCCUUUCGACUGCCUGUGUUAUUACCAAAUGCAAUUUGCCUUUUAAUUUGGGUUUUGCAUGCAACAGGGCGCGUGUUACUCGCACACACAGACGAGCACAGCCCUCACACUACUACAUUGACGCGUGAGAGAAAGGCAACCUGGCGAGUGUAAAUAAAAUAAAAGCACCUGAAAAUGUAAGCGGGAAGCGCGGGAAUGAACCACAUAUACGUAAAAUAAAAUAAAAACGAAAAACGAACGAUAUCGAAGCUUGUGAUUGUGUGUAUAUAUAGUGAUUUAAAUGUUAAACAUAAAAACAAACAAGUUCGAAAAAUUAAGUAAACUUGAAGUGUGACAAACUUGAAGGCGACAGCAGCAACUGAAAACGCUUCGCAACAAUGUUGCACAAUAUCCGCGACAAUGCACAGCCAAACACAACAGCAUCUACAAUAUCAACAAGAACAGCAAUAGAAGGCAAUGGAACGGAGCCAACAACGAGAACGCACUUUGCGACCACAUCUGUUGCAGAAGAAACAUCAGCCGGUGUAAAGGAAAUAAAUACAACAGCUGAGGGUCAACCGCAGCCGACAACAACAGCUGUGGCAGAGCGAUCGGAAUUAGCAGAAACAGCUGAUGCAGCUGCUGCGUCGAAUAUUGCUGCUGCAGAAUCCCCGGCAUUCGAUGUUCAGAUGCGAACGCAGCAACGACAGAAGAUCAAGAUAUACCACGAUGCCAAGCAGACGGCGGUAUGGCGCACCGAUUCGCUGGCCUCUAAUCCCAGCUCAACCAUGUGUCCUGACUUGGCAAGUUCUGGAGUGGGAGAAGGCAUUGGACCCAUGGGCCUGCCCAUGCGGGGAAGUAUCCUGUCCACGGCACCUAGUCUGUUGCAGCGAAAAUCCUCGGACAGCUCGCUCAGCUCGUCUAUAGCCCGACGAGUCUCAUUUCCGGAUAACGAACUGGUCACUGGUUACCUGGAGCCAGCUAAUCCUUGGAAGCAAGUAUGCCUUGUGAAAAGCAUUUCCGAGAUCGUUGAUCAGUAUGUGCAGUCCUGUCAAAAGCAUCACACAAAGCCGCUUAAGAGUGUAAUGGAUCAUCUAAAGAGUCUAGAUCUAAACCAGCCGAGGCAGCCUCUUCUUCCCCUCAAGGCGAAUCAACUAGCGGCCAACGAUUGCGAAGCCCUCGAGGAAAUUUUUAAAAGGAUACAAUACAAAUGCAUUGAUCUAUCCGACUGUACUCUGGACGAGAGCUGCUUGAUGGCCCUCUUUCAAAUGAUCGAAUACUAUGAAGCUGGUAACGAGUUGGACAUUUCCUACAACAAGGAGCAGAUGACGAAGCGCUGCUGGGAAUUGUGUGCCUACAUGGUGGAACGCAGCCAAGAGCUUCAGCUCCUCAACGCCGAGAGCAACCAGAUCACAAAAUUGGGUGCCGACAGCCUUGGCCGGGCCUUGGGCUCAUCCAAUCUCCACACCCUAAAGCUGGAGCACUGUGGCCUCAGAGGACAGCCGCUCAUCCAUCUCUUAUCAUUUGCAGGCCGAGGUCUCUACCAAAACAAAAUGCUCAAGGAGCUGUGGGUGGGCUACAAUGAUUUGGACUGCGUGGAUGCCCAGCACAUAGCCGACAUGCUGCGCUACAACCACAGCUUGGAGCUCAUCGACAUCAGCAACAACAACAUUAGAAAUGAGGGAGUCAUGUACCUGGUACAGGCCCUCAUCCUCCAGUCCACAGAGCUGGAACGUCGAAUGGGGGCCCUGAAGCGAACACGUGCCAUCGAGGUAGACGAGUGCGUGUCGCCUGUGGAAUCGGAGCCCUCGGCAGCAAUACUCAAUUCUGCCAGCUCGGCGCCCAGUCAAGCCAAAUAUGACGUUGGUAGUGAAUCUUCUUCACACGUUGCCUCGAUUCCUGAGACUCCAAGGGAGGAGGCAGGCUGUACCGAUCCACCGGUAGGUGUCCUAGUUGACGUGGAUAAUGAUAAUGACGACGAAAACACCGAAGACACUGUGAGAAACUGCAGCCAAAACGGCGGACAGUCCAUGUUGGACAAGCUGCUCUCCAUGAACAGUGACAGUAGCAGCGAGGAGGCGCCCUCUAACAUAUCUACCGACACCCUGGCCGCCGCGUGCUCUGAGGACAUCAGCGAGAUCAGCAACGAGAUUUAUGAUGCGACCACCGCCAAGGAGCCGCCGUUAAGCGAUCAAGUCGGACCGGUCAUAAUCUCAUCCAGCCCGAUGGAGUCCGCGGCUCCUGUUGCUGAUCCUGAGGAACGCCUGCAUCCAGCACAACAGCAAAGUUCCCAAAACGAACGAAACAUAUGUGAUAUUACUCCCUCAACAGAGGCUAAAACCGUUGAACCCAAUGAAUCCUGUGUACAGAACAACAUCAUAAACAACAACAAUAAUAACAAUGCUAACAAUUCCCAAAACAAUAGCAACAAUAAUAACACAAUCCAAUUGUCGGCGGGAGCAACAGCAACCUUAGCUGUCGUAGCUCCACCAAUGGAAGUCGAAACCAAUCCCAGUGGAUCAUCGCCAGCGCCCAUUUUCGAGGUAACCGCUGAGGAGAGCGACUGUAUAAAUGGCAGUGGAGCGGGGGCUGGUGGAUCUCGGCCGCUGGACGUGAACAAAAACGCAAAGGUGGGAGACGACUUCGAGGAUACGCACAGCACAGACUCGGCGUUCGAAAGCGCAUCUGAAGGCGAUAUAAGUCGCCAUUUGCCCGACGAGUUUAGCAGGCUUUCUGUGUCACUGGAGAGCACGCGGCUGGACGACAUAGCCAAGGAGAUGUGUGGCAUAGAGACGGCCACCAUAGCCACAGAGUCCACUGAGUGUCUGCUUGCCGCCCAGGAGGCAGCUACGCCUAGUCCUACGCCAGAAGUCGGAGCACUGAAUAAACUAGAAGAUCCAUUCCCACCGCCAAAGGUUACCAUUGCCGAGGAGUGCCUCCAGGCGAAUAAAGAACAGAGUCAGCCCUUCCAGUGUCCCAGUCCGGCGCCCACGCCCCCACCUCCGUCCACAUCGCCGGGUGGAGCUAGCAUUGGACUAAGGCGCACGGAGUCCAGCUGUGCCUACCUAAAUCAGUCUACCCGUAACCGAUCCCAGAGCUCCGACAGCCUGUGCAGCGAGACAUCGCUAGACGGUAUGAGCAGUGGAGCCAGCAACAACAGCGUCAGCUCGACUGCCUCCGCCGAUCCCAAGUUUGCCGAGAAGCUGACCAAGAACGACACGCUAUCGCGUCGCCAGCUGGCUGAGGCCACACUGGAGGCCAAUCGCUCGCCCAGCGGUCUGAAAGCCCUCACCCUGUGGAACAAUAAUCUGACCAAGGACUGCGCCCCUGCUGUAGCCGAGCUGCUGCAGAAAACCAUUUCUCUGGAACUGCUUAACAUUGGCAAGAAUUGUCUGUCCAACGAGUUUAUAUCGACUAUUAAAGACAGUCUGACGAAAAACACCACUCUUACCACGUUGGGGCUACAGAGUGCCCAUCUAAGCGCCAAGGGUAUCGAAACACUGGCUUCCAUCCUCACAUUUGGUGGCAACAGCAAGCUUCAGCGUAUUGACAUUCGAGACAAUAAACUAGAGGUGGAAAGUCUGAACAUAAUCGCCGAGGUGCUCAAGUCGAAUAAAACGCUCACCCAGAUCGACAUUAACGAUGAACCAAAGCGCCUGACGUUGCCCAUAGUGCCGAUAGUAAAUGUUAUACCGCCAUCGCCAUUGCCCCAGGAGAGCAUUGGCAGCGAUGCCCAUUUGGAUUACACAAGGGUGCUGGGCACCGUGCGUUCCCUGUGCUCGCGAAACGAGAAGCGGCAAGCCCAGGAACUCGCGGAGAAGGCGGCGAACGUGGUCGGCGGCAGCAGCAGUCUUGGCGGCAGCCUUCCGGGCAUACGGUGUCGCGGCGGUUACUACUUGGGCUCGCGGAAGAUCUCGUUGACCUGCCACAGUCGCCCCCUCGUGGACGCGGCUACUGGCACGGUGACGGCAACGACAACCGCGGCCGCUGCAGCAACCGCCCUGCCCACACCGGCCGCCCUGCUGGAGGUGAAGCGAAAGAGUGGACCCCGUCUCCGCUCGCCGGGCCCCAGUCCGCCCACUAUAUCGCCGUCGUCCUCGCCAAAUCGUAGCCGCUUUCACGUGUCGCGCGUGGCAGAAGUGGCCAGUCCACUGAUCUCGCCGCUGGCCCAGCAUCCACCCCCACACACGCCGCGUUCGGCCAGCAGCUGCAUGUCCAUACCCACUAUCGGAUCGCCCAGUGGCAGCCAGAGCAGCCUCAAUGCUGUUGGAGCCCUGCCCACCUCCAGUUCGCUGCCCGCGAUGGCCUCUGUCACUUCUUCGACGCAGACAGUGAAGCGGCUGUCAGUGUCGCCUAGGUCACGUUUCCAUGUUUCUCGCAUCUACGAGGAUCCACAAGUGCCGAUGGCCAACCGCCAGAUGCCGCCGAUCACACCGCACACGCCACCCAUCGACCUGCCACCCACCCCUAUGCUGAAGUCGGCGAGGAAGGCAGUCCUGCUGUCGGAGGCAGUGGAAGCAGCAGCUGCCGCGGCGCCAGUGAGCAGUGUGAUUAUUGUAGAGGCCAUCGAUGACGGCGAUGCACAUAAAAGUGCGAGUGUCGAAGAGGUUGCCGGGCAAAAUCUUUCGCCACACGUGACCAGUUCACCCACCUCAAGCCAUUCGAGCUCAACGUCACCCGGUAGUAGCAGCAGUGGGAGCAGUAGCCAAAGCAAUGGAAGCACCUCCACCGAUGUUACAGACACUGUAGCUUCCGGCCCAGAAACUCCACCCAGGACCUGUCCCCUGGCCGUGUUUGGCGAUAAUGAUAUCACACUGACCAAGGAAUCGGCUGGUGUGGUUGCUCUCUCUGCUGCCGCUGCGGCGGGCCACAUGAACACAGUUUUGGAAUCUGAACCAGAACCGAUGCCACCUCCCGAGACAGUCAGCAACGCCCCUCAGGCGCGUGCACGAAAAACGUCGUGGAUAGCAAAUCCGUCGGCGGUGGACAAGCUGCUAACAUUGUUUAACACGGGCACCAUUUUCCACCGAAGCUCCUCGCCGGAACCCAAAGCCAGUCACAUAAGCACAGUGCCCGCCGCCAACCAGAUCACAAACAGCACACAGAACGCCUUAGCAGCAAGCGCAGGAGGAGCAAGCGGUGGCGAAAUCAGUACUACCACAAAAAAUCCUAUUCUUUCGGUAGCACGAAAGUCUUCUCCCGCAUCGUGGACAUCACUGACUAGUAGCAACAUCUCCAACGCCAGCCACAAUACGUCGUCAAAUGCGGAAACGGGCAGCUCAUCUUUCCUCGACACGGCAUCUAAACAGCUACGGGAUUUUAGCAAACAAGUAUUUCGCCAAAACAUCUCCUUUAACAACAGCGGGGAACAAGCGGCCGUGGCUGCAGCUGCUCAGCAUGAGUUAAGUACGGGGACGUCGGCUUCGAGCAGUACGGAGUCACCAUCACCGCCGGAGUGCAAUGCGGCCCACAUGCCGCUUAGUCUAAAGCGUCAGUUAAAGGAAAACAUAUCGCCGGAGCACACAAUCAAUGAGGAGACACUUCACACGCUGCAAAAGCUGUCGAGGGCAGAGGAUGUGGCGCUAAAGGCGGAGGCAGCAACAGAUCUUGGCGACAUUGAGAUAGUGAUGCACAGUGAGGUAGCCGAUUGCCACCUCGCAGAAGAUACACAGCCAGAGCAGGAAGACACAUAUUCGAGUGUCGUUUAAAAGGGGCUACGACCAAAUGCAACUGGAUGAUGCGCAAAUUGAUUGAAAAGAAAGGCAAGGAACGGAAAGCACACAAUUCAACCGAAAAAAAAUCCAAGACCCACCCAGCAUUCCCAUAGCUCUCCUUUGAUACUGUACCCCACCCGCCAUGAAAAAAUGGUUAUGAAGUCAAGGAUGAUAUUGAUAAUGGAAGUUUGGGUUUCCUCCUAACCCUAAAAAACAAAUAUGAUGAAGUACACAAGUUAUGUCUAACUUUGUUUUAUUUUUGGUUAAAUUCAUUUUAAGUUUUAUAACAGAAGAAAAUAUAAAUGUAUUUUAAUUAUAUAUAUGGCAUAAGAAAUGCAAAAAAAUGCUCAAUAUUCACUUCAAGAAGAACGCUUCCAAAACGAAAAAAUAGAAAUCAUUUUGGAGGCAGUUUCUUUAAAGUGAGUACUGACCCUAAAAUUGAUAUACUUUAAUGAAUGUAAAAUAUAAAAACAACAUUUCAAAUGUACACACAAAAA